AUGGGGUCUCGCCUGUCGGUCACGGUCACAGAGCAUUCAGCCGGAUGGGAUAAUCGAGAGGAAGGAGCAUUUAGAUUUUCUUAUCUCGCACAGCAACCGCUGGCUUUCUCUCGGCUACAAUUUCACGCAGCGGAGGGAGGGGGUGAGCUUGGGAAUCUAGAGACGCAUGUUUCGGUACGAUUUUCCUCCAUACGACAACUUGUCUGCUUCCCCGAGACCUAUCCACAACAAACCCUACGUUCUCAGGGCGCUAGACCUACUGAGCGUAACGAUUCGGUUCCUGCAGCAACAUCGAUAUGUUAUUCUUUCGACCCCUUCCUUCUUUGCACACCCGUCAAAAACCUCAUCAUCCAGUAUGGACCGAGGUAG